AUGGAAAAUGUAAAGUCUGGCCAAGGCGGGACCUCAGAACCGAGGGCGGGCCAAAUCAGGACUGGCCCCGACAAUGAUACGCCAGUUGAAGAGCGGAACUGGGGUAUUGUUAACCGCCAGAAUGUCGCUGAACGCAGAGUGCGCACUGGUGCGCAGCAAGUGUUGUACUACACGGCGUCGUUGGGUGACCCCACCACUGCUUGA